AUGGCCCCCGAACGACGAUGUGCAGGAAACUCGAAUCGAAACGAUAAUACCAACCCGGACCGAAACCAAACCAAACCAAACCAAACCAAAAUAAUGAUCGUCCAAGCAAGCCUUUCCGCGACACCCGUUCCCGUCUUAUCCCGUCUCUCCCCUUCAAAAAUACCACCUCCAAAAAAGCCCUCAAAAGGAUAUCCCAAAAAUGCCCGAGCAUUAUCCCGUAGUCACGCGCCCAAAAAAAGAAGCAAGAGAACAACUGACCAGAAAGCUUUGAACUCAGACCGCAUCCUGACGAAACAUUGUCAGACGACAGACGUCAAAACACAAACGUGGACGGAAGAAGCAAAUGGAAGUGUAGCAUGA